CUCCACUCCUCAGCUCUCUCUCUCUCUAUACCCAGAACCCCAUUGCAUUCCUGGGUUUCAAAUCCGCCACCUUUUCCUCUUCCUCUUUCUCUCUCUACCGCCACUAGAGAGAGAGCCGAACCCAAGAACUCCUCAAAAGAACCACUCCCCUCUCUCUCAUAGCUUGCUCUCUCUCACACACACAAGCUUGGUGGUAGCUGCAGCUGCCGCCGUCCUCUCUCUCCCUCGCUUGGUAGCUAGCAGCAGCUGCUUAAAGAAGAAGGGGAGGAGCAAUGUCGGAGCAGCAGCAGUUGCCGCAGCCUCGGAGCAGCAUGAGGGAGGCGCUGCAGAAGGAGGACAAGGAGAAGGCGGCGGCGGUCCCGACCAAGGAGAAGGCGGCCGUCCCGCCCCCGCCCGUCGCCGCCCCGCCCAUGGCCAAGAACGGCGGCAAGAACGGCGGGAACGGCGCGCCGCCGGCGGCCGAGGAGACCACGAGGGAGAUCCAGGUCGUCAGGGAGGCGUACCGCCAGCCGGCCGCGCCCGCCUACGUCAUGCCCGAGGAGCCGCCCGCCAUGGUGGAGCUCGUCGGCUGGUACCUCUACGGCUUCUGCUCCUACUUCAUCACCCACCUCCUGCUGCCGGUGCUGUUCCCGGCCAUCGUCACCCAGGUCGCCUUCCCCAACUCCGACUUCACGCCGGAGACCAAGUACAUGCUCAAGGGCGCCUCCUGCUCCAUCCACGAGAUGUCCAUGUACCAGAGGCUGACCAGGCACUCCAUUGCCAUUUCUGACUCCAACAUGUCACCCCUGGGCUGGAGUGCUCUGUCAUGGGCCAUCGGCAUCCUCAUCGUGGCGCCGCUCCUCACCCAGGUUGCGCACCACCUUGACCGUGGCCAGUACCAGUCGCUUAUCCUCAUCGCCGCCACUUCAUUUGGCUCAUUCUUCUGCCUCCUCACUGGCUUCUUCAAGACAGUUUGGGUGUUCCUGUUCUACAUUCUCUUCAUUGCUGCGGCUAUCAUCAUUGCUGAGGCUGUGCACACCCGUAAUCUUGGGCUGAUGAUCCGUGGCCUUGCUGCUCAUGACUCAGGCAAGCACCUUGUCCUUCGCCGUCGUGCUGCUGCCAGCCAGCUCAGUCUGUACUGCACUGCCAUUGGCGGUAUCGGGGCAGCGCUCAUGGCCGCAUUCAUGUACCACAUGCUAAGGCGCACUGACCAGCUCACUGGCCUUUGGGUUGUCUCAAUCUUCAGUGGCCUUAUCUGGUUCAUUGGCAUCUGCCAUGGUCUCUUCACAAACAGGCCCAGCAGCUCAUCACCCACCACAGCAUUCGAGCCCAAUUUUUUCACCAAGCUCAGCUACAGCAUGACCCUUGCCCGUUACCCACAGGCCAUUGGAAGCUUAGUGGCAGUGUUCCUGUCAUCUUUUGCCACAAUGUGCAUCUUCACCAGUGGCACAUUGUAUGCUAUUGGUGGUGUCUGCAUCAAGCCAGUCCUUGUUCUUGUUCUAUGGAUCCUCUACUUCCUGUUCCCGUUGAUUUCGCUUCCAUUGCUCCAUCCAAUCCAGAUAAUCAUCCGUGCUGAUGCAGUUCGUAUGCAGCUGCUUGGGUUCAUCAUCGCCCUGUUCGUGUCGGGUGCUGGGUUCUACUUCAAGAACCACAGGUGGAGGGCAGCGCACAUCAUCGUUAUUGCUCUUGUCCAGAGCACAGCCAAUGGCAUCCUGCACUCAUUCGGUCGCAUCUUGCUGCUUGAUGCCUCACCGCCAGGCAAGGAGGGCGCAUUUGCCAUCUGGUAUGCGUAUGUACGCUGCAUUGGUGCGAUGAUCGGUUUUGCUGCCGCAUCAGCUGGCCCUGGGCGCGCAGGAGGAUCGUUUGCUGCUGCAUUCCUAGGCUGCUUCCUUGGCAUCAUUGUGCUCAUCUUCGGAAAUGUCAGCAACGUUGGGGCGCUGAAGGCCGCCGGGCAUCUCAAGGGAAUGGAAGACGAGAAGAGGAUGGGUGAGAAAGGUGAAGGCAUGAGUGCAGUUGCAGAUUCAGGUGAAGGCAGAGGGAGGGUAUGAACAUGAUUGAUUCAGUGGGUGGGUUCUUUGGGAGGAAAGAAGAUUGCAUUGUUCUGGUGGUUGUGUUUGUGAGAAGGAAUUGUUCUUUCUUUCUUGUUCAUGUUUCAGUGACACUUGUUAAUCCGGUGCUUUGCCCGUUUGAUGCAUGAUUAUGUUGACAUAGUGGUAGAGGGAAGUGUGCUAGUAGCUGUUAAUGUGUUAUUUUUUGCUUGGAAGACAAUUGUAACUGAUGAUAUGUUUCUUGGUUCAAAAUCUCUAGCAGUCAUGCUUCGUGAUUUCUGUCGAAAA